AUGGGUAAACGCAAGGUAGCCGCCCUGGAGAAGAUAGAUGCAGACUUAUCGAAUCUCCAAUACAAGAUCCGUCGCGAUCCAAAGUCAUACGAGGAUGAGUUUCAGAGACAGUACGAGCAAUAUGUUUCGCAACGCGACCUAUUCCUUACGUCGCCGGCCAACGCGUCGGCAGACCAGAGCCGGGCGUUCCAUGACCUGAUCGACCUGAUCGCGCACGUGGCGGAUUGCUAUCCAGAGGCGCUGAGCGGCUUCCCAGGUGAGCUGGCGGCGAUUUUGACGCAGCACCACGCGGUGCUGCAGCCAGAGCUUCGCGACAAGAUCGUCGGCAGCAUGGGGCUGCUGCGGCGCAAGGACGUGCUGGACUCGGCGACACUGGCGCAAACGCUGUUCCCGAUUCUGGCCCACACGCCGAGCAAGACGCUGCGCACGCUGCUCUUUCGUCGGCUCGUCUCAGACCUGCGCAACGCCAAUAGCCGGACGAAGAACCACCGGCUCAACCGGACGGUGCAGACGGUGCUCUACAACCUGGUGUCGUCGGACCGCACGACGGCGCGGCCGAUCUGGGCUGUCAAGAUCACGCGCGAGCUGUGGACUCGCCAGGUCUGGACGGAUGAGAAGCCGGUGGACGUGAUGCGCGAGGCCUGCCUCGGCGACAACGAAAAGGUGGUCGUGUCGGCCGUGCGCUUCUUCCUUGGCGGCGACAAGGCGCGCGAGGAGCUCGAGGACGACAGCAGCGACGACGGCGGCCGCGAGAACCGUUACGGUGGCGCACUUGGUGGCGGCAGCGGUGCCGUCGACCUGACCAAGCUGAAGCAGCGCGGCCAGCACAGCAAGAAGACCAAGAAGACAGCCAAGCGGUACGACCGGGCCGUCGAGAAGGUGAAGAAGACGGAGCGGAAGCGGAACCAGCCGCAUCCGCUCAACUUUUCAGCCCUGCAUCUGCUGCACUCGCCACAAGAGUUUGCCGAGGCGCUGUUUAACCGGCACCUACUGUCGGCACGAUGCAAGUUUGGGCUAGAGAGCAAGCUGCAGAUCCUGCAGCUAGUGACUCGGCUGCACGGGCUACACAAGCUGAUCAUUCUACCGCUGUUCAGCUGGUUCACAAAAUACCUGACGCCGCGACAGACAUCGGUGACGACUGUGCUGGCAUCGCUGGCGCAGGCGGUGCACGACCAGGUACCACCGGACGCGCUGGAGCCGCUACUAGCCAAGAUUGCCAACGAGUUUGUGACGGAAGCAUCAGCGGCCGAGGUGGCCUCGGCCGGCCUGGCGGCGAUCCGCGAAGUGGCGAUGCGGCAGCCUCUGGCGAUGAACGAGACGCUACUGCAGGACCUGGUGCAGCUGCGCAAGAGCAAGGACAAGAGCGUGAUGAUGGCGGCGCGCGGCCUGCUUUCGCUCUUCCGCGUCGUCGGCGCCGAGAUGUUGACCAAGAAGGAUCGCGGCAAGGAGGCGACGAUGGGACUGCGCAGCGGCGAGGUGCGGCAGCGGCGGUUCGGCGAGGAGGCAGGCGGUGGCGGCAUCGAGGGCAUCGAGCUGCUGGAGCAGUGGAAAGCUGACGAGAGGAAGCGGAAGCGAGCCGAGCGAGCCGAGCAGGCAGGCGAGGACGCAGACAAGGACAAGGACGAGGAUGACGAGGACGAUGAGGACGACGAGGACGACGAGUACUCGGAGGGCAACUCGAGCGACUGGGACAUGUCCUACAACAGCGACGACUCGGGCGGCUGGAUCGACGUGAGCAGCGACGAAGAGGGCGAGAAGGCACCGCCGAUCAAGCGGCAGCGGAGACGGGCCAAAGAGGCGGCUGAGGACAGCGAUGACGAGGCCGAGGGCGACGAUGAGAACGAGGACGGCGAGGACGGUCAGCCAUCGAUCUCGAAACUGGCAACGACGACGAUCCUGACGCCGGCGGAUCUGGCAAAGCUGCGGGAGCUGCGCCUGGCGUCCAACAUGGAAAAGGCGACAGGCAGGGGCAGCAGCAAGAAGGUCGUCGGCGAGGCUGCAGACCCAGAGGCGGCGGCUGAGGCGGCCGAAGCGGCAGCUGCGCGCAAGCGGGCGGCCACGAUGAGCCGGUACCAGGCGGCCAUGGCAGCGCGGCACACCGACGACGGGCUGACGGCCGCGCAGAUCGAGCUGGCGGCAACACUGCGCAAGUCGACCAAGGAGGAGAGGAUUGCACGGGCCCAGGAAGGCAAACCGUCACGUGACCAGCACCAGUCGACGCAGGCGAUGCGCAAGGCCAAGAAGGCGGCCGAGGGCAAGUCGCUGACGAACAAGGAGAAGGCGCGCAACAAGAACAUCUUCAUGCAGAUGGGCAAGGCCCGGCAGAAGAACAAGCGCAGCCUGAUGGAGACACGCAAGGCCCUGACGGCGCACGUGGCACGGGCAAAGCGUGGUGGCCGUCGGGGCAACCGAGACUGA